GGUGGGGCUCGACGGUGAGCCCUCUCCACACACAGACCGACACAGACAGAUAUGCGGACGAAAAAGGGGAGAAACGGGAGAGUUGUCCGUUUUAACCUCGCCACACGGUGCUUCGGCCUACCGCGAGGACUUUCCCGCGAAUGAUUUCACCGACUGGGAGGACGUUAGCGGGUUUGGAAAGCAGGAUUUAAUCCCUUCCCCACAUCCGUAUUCCCAGCCGUCAUUCGGGCUCUACUGGAAAAUGAUUGUUUAGAGGUUUUUUUUUUUGCUAGCGCCGCUUUCUUUUCGUAUAACCCCGCCAUGGUGGACUCUAUUAGGAAGACUUUCGUGGUCCCAGAUAUCAAGCCAUUGGAUUUGUACGACUGCACUAAAGCAAAAAUAUGCUCAAGUGUCGGCUGGUUGUUGGCCAAAUCCUACGGCAGUGCAGAGAAUGUCCCUGCUGAGCUGCGAGAUCCCUUCUACUGUGACCAGUAUGAGCAGGAGCACCUUAAACCUCCCGUUGCUCGUCUCCUGCAGUCCUCUGAGCUCUACUGCCGCACCUACAGCCUUCUGCUGCUGGGCGACGGGCGAGCCGAGGUGCAGCCCAAAGACAACGUCGCCCUGCUGCAGCUGCUCGCUGAGAGAGGCCUGGUGUCGGUGACUGACGUGGACCUCCGACAUAAGCCCAUCAAAAUGAGCGCUCACUUGGCCGUGAUCGAUGCACUGAUGGCUCUGGGAGCCUCUGAGACGGUGACUUCGGUGAAGGCCGGCGCUUCUGCUGAGCUCCUGGGCGGGGAUUCUAGCUGGGAAGAUGCUCUGCUCCACUGGGUUAACGGGCUAAACCAGAAACUGAGGGAGUUUGCAGAAGGGGCCCAGAAUGAGCAAACCAUCACAGAGCGAGAACCCCAACCUCUUCAGCCCUCUUGUCCUACACGCUGGUAUUGGAAACUAGUUCCUCUCCGCUACAGAAAGGACAAAGUUCAGUCCAAGCAGAAUCCCAUUUUCCCUUCGGUGAAUGAAGUCAAAGACUUGUCUAAUGGCUGUGCUGUUGCUGCUGUCAUACAUUAUUACUGUCCUGGCCUGCUAAGACUUGAAGAUGUUUGCAUGAAGGAGACCCUGUCAACCACUGACAGCUUGUACAACCUACAAUUCAUCCGUGAGUUCUGUGACAGCUGCCUGAAGAGCUGCUGCCACUUAGCCCUGGAGGACAUGCUGUACUCGCCACAGGAGCUUCGGCUCAAUUUGCUGAGUUUCCUAGCAGAGCUGCUUCACUGGUUUGAAGUGCAAAGGCCAGACUUUGUUCAGCCGGUGGACACAUUAGAAGGCUCUACACCAGCGACGCCUCGUGGUGUGAGUGGUAUAAGCACCUCUCCGUCAAUCUUCAAGAAGCCCUUUCUUCCAAUUUCCUCCCCUGCAUCAGGGUCUUUGAAUCAGUCUACCUCAAUGUCUCAUUUAGAAGGAGUCGGAAAGACUUGGACUAAGAAACACAGGCCCCUGUCAGCUGUGUCCUUCAGCAUCCCUUUCGGCCUGGACAGCGACGUGGACAUUGUAAUGGGCAACCCUGUGAUAACCCGCUCUGUGAGCUCAGACCAGCUUAAUCCAUCGAGUCAAAACACGACCCGGCCAACCUUCAGUUCUCCGGUGGACCUGACCAAACCACCUGCUUCCAACGGUGUCCACAGAGCCUCCUGGUCCACCCAGAAUCCCAUUCAUCCGAGAUUAGUGGAGAAUGGCGUUGCUGCGAAUGAAACGGGAGAGCUGCCGACCAUUGAAGAGGCCCUUCAGAUCAUUCACAAUGAGAGUAAGAUGGAGCCUCGCUUACACCCUGACGGUGCUCCUGAUGGCUUCUACCUCCACUCUCCUGACGACCCGGCUAGUUCGAGACACGAUGAGAACUCUGUGCCCGUCAGCUCCUCUGCACCGACACGCUCAGGAAUGAUGCAACGGCCUGCGAGAGAUUCCAAAGAGCCCACUCGGACUAGAAACGCUUCUGAAUGCUCAAGAGAUGAUGACUCGGUCUUAAGAGACGGCAGCGUGGACUCUGAUGCGUCGGAAGACACUCCUCGGGCUCAGUCCACUCCCAGCACACCCGCUUGUGCACAUGCCGUUAGAAGCAGUAGUAAGGAGGGCUCGGACAGCGGCGUGAAGAUGACCAGCUUUGCGGAGCGCAAAAAGAAGCAGAGUGGAGAUUCUCGCAAAGUCACGGACCCCCCUGUUCCGCAAUCGACCACCUGGGAGAUAAUGGCUGACGAAAGCCCCGGCAAGAGCCCUCAGCUCAAUAACGAAAUGUCCGAGCUCGGGGUUCGUCUCGAGGAAAAGCGGCGAGCGAUUGAAGCCCAGAAGAAGCGCAUUGAGGCCAUCUUUGCAAAGCACCGGCAACGGCUGGGCAAGAGUGCCUUUCUGCAGUUGAAGAAGGAGCAGCACGAGGAGGAUGGCGAGGCUGAAGGACGUCAGUUCAGCACCUCCUCCACCGACAAAGACCUUGCUUGCUUGACUCAGGAGGAACGGCUGCCCGGUACGGAAGAAGAACAGCGCCCCUCUGUGGAGGAGGAAAGUAAUAUUAAAGGUGGACUUAGCAAAGAGAAGGGAAGCACCCCAGCAGAGAAGGGUGAAAAGAUGGCCCCACUUGGAGACUACAACAAUGCGGUAUCCAAGCUGACUGCAGCGCUUAGCUCUCUGCAGAGUGACAUGCAACGACUUACAAAGCAGCAGAACCAACUCAUUCAAAAGAAAUCUUCCAGCAACAAAUCCUGGGUCAUUCCACCCAGCCCCAAAAACUCCACUCCGGCCCCCUCCCCUGCUCGCCUCUCACGGGAAUCCACCCGGGACUUUAAUUCCGCCACCCCGUCGCCAUCCCGCAGGCUCACAAACCACAUCACUCCUCCAAAGUCUCCUCAAGUGGCCCAUCGUAGAACCCAGUCUGUGCCCCCUAAGAGCCCCAAACACAGUCGCCCCUCCGAUGCAAGGGUCCCAGCCCUGUCUAGGGUCAUUACAGCGCCGCAGAGUGUGGACCGCAUCCCCCAUCUUCGCCGCGUGAACCCCUCGCAAUCCCAAAUUCAGACUUCUUCCUCGUUUUCCAUUGGCAACUCUGACAGCUUCGAUGAGCUUCGCUCUUUGGCAGCGACACCCGUUUCCUCAGCGACGCUCACACCUGUACCGACACCCUCCCAGACUCCCCGUCCCCCCGCAGAUGACGCCCUGUCCGAAGCGGGCUCCACUGACUAUGAAAGUAUAUUUAGCAUGGACAUGGAACCAAGAUUCUCGCAAGGCCCUGUGGCUAGGAAGGAGGGGAUGACAGGUGGGGGCUCCAGCUCUGGUGCCCCGUCGGAGUGCUCCUUUGAGAGUGAUGCCCCGCCUGCAGGCGCUGUCAACGGGAAGCGGAGUAGCCUCAUUGAGAUUUCGCUGUCUUCCCUGCAAGGAGAUGGAGAGGAGGAGGACCAAGUACCUGAUCCUUUCUCAGAUUCCAUGAGUGACAAGACUGAGCCAGAGACCAAAGGAGGGGUUGGCUUCUUCUUUAAGGAUGACAAGGAGCGACCGGAGGAUGAGAUGGCUCAGAGAAGAGCCGCCUUGCUGGAGAAACAGCAGAAAAGAACGGAAGAGAUGCGGAGACGCAAGCUGGAGCAGGAAAAAGAAUCAAACAAGCCCCAGUGGAUGGUUAUUGAAGGCUGGGGCAAUAAGAGUGAGGAUCGACCGCAGACCCCUGGCACCUCUCCGGCACCGCGCACGCCCCCGGCAGAGGGAACCCCCCAACGCAGAGGGGACUUCACUCGGCAGGAGUACGAGCGCAGGCAACAGCUGAAGAUCAUGGAGGACUUGGACAAGGUGCUGAGACAGAAGCCCACCACGGUCCGUGGGGUCAAGAAGCAGAGACCCAAGACCGUGUUCAGAGACGACUCCGCCCUUGCUCACAGCCCCGUCAAGGGUCUCCUGGGCGGCAGGCUCAAUAAGGUGUACUCCCACUCCACCAUGAACUUGUCCUCCAUGGCUAAUGACUCUGGAGGCUUGACUGUCAGGAGGUCUGCCAGUCGUUCCCACUCACCGUCUCGCCUCAUGUCACCGGGACGAAUGAGCGCCCACAAUGGAGACAGGGACUGGGAGAACGGAUCCACUGUUUCCUCCACCGCCUCCAUUCCAGAAUACACAGGGCCAAAGCUAUAUAAGGAGCCCAGCUUUAAGUCCAACAAAUUCAUCAUCCACAACGCUAUCACCCGCUGCUGCCUGGCCGGCAAGGUCAACGAACCCCAGAAAAACAAGAUUGUAGAGGAAAUGGAGAAGAGCACAGCCAACCACUUCCUCAUCCUCUUCCGGGACUCCAGUUGCCAGUUCCGGGCCGUUUACACCAUGAACCCGGAGACGGAGGAGAUGUCACGGCUCACCGGCAUCGGCCCGCGUGUAAUCACGCUGGACAUGGUAGAGUCCAUCUACAAGUACAGCUCCGACCGCAAGCAGUUCACGGCCAUCCCGUCCAAGACCAUGUCCAUGAGCGUGGACGCCAUCACCAUCCCCAGCUACUUCUGGCAAAAGCGCCCGGGAACUCCCAAGAAGCUCAGCACCCCAAAAUAAACUUCAGGAACAUUUUCUAUUUUGGCCAGUAGGGAGCUUUUGUACUUGCUUUUUUGUUUUUGUUUUUUUUAGAUUAGUAGCAGACAACUGGAGUGACGGAGUCUUUAGGUCACAUGAGACCAUGACAACAAUCAGCGCUAUGUGCCAAGAAAAUGGAUGAACCACUCAACAUCUAACUGCUUUGAUGGCAUCUCUCCUCAGUACUCCUGGAAGAAUGAUUGUACGACACAUUCUGUUGGCUUUCCUGGCGCUCUGCCUCCUUCAUGCCUUGCCUUACCCUGGCCCAAGAUGGGACAACCUCACUGCCUUGCAACAUGACUUAGGGCCGGAGUAGUCCCCAUGCCUCGUAAUCCCUGUUUCUAUCUUCUCAUUUUUCUCUGCCUUUUUUUUCUUCUUCUUUCUAGGGCUUACUCGCUAUUCAGUAGACUGACACAUCACAUCUGGAAAAGACUACUCUCAUACUGUAUGAAUGUUAGGCACACACUAACCAUUCAUCCUAUUCAGGGGUGUUUUGGAAAGGCUGCGUGAUUCCUCCGCCUGUGCACUCAACUUUAUGCUGUCAGACAUUUGGAUGUCUUUUGUACGUUUUUUGCUGGAUAAAUCGUCUAAGCCUCCCUUAAAGGCCGAACGAUGAAUUGAAUGACUUUUCCUUAUUUCAUGUGGUGAAGAAACUGGAAAUAAAAAAUGAAGGAGGGCUAGAGUUCAUACUCAUCAUGAUACAAUGCUGAUUUGACACAUAAUGAAUGCUGAUUACUUUGUUUGUUUUUGAGAAUUUGUUAAAAAUUAAAAAAAAAAAAAAAGUUAAAAUCCCUUUGUAAGCUUGAAAUAAGCUCGUCUGCUGCACUGCUGCAUAGAUAGAUGUGUGUUUUGGGAUCAAAUGAGUAUGUGAGAAGGGUGUGGGUGGAGGGAUUGAACCCUAUUUGUCUUUGGGAGUCUGUUUAUUACCAUAAAUGGACUUCCUUCCUAUGUCCAGGUUUAUAAACUGAAGGCUUCUUGAUGAAGGAUUAUUCCGGACUGUAGCAGCCCUAAAUCUAAGCCACUCAAGUCUAUUUAGACUCCUCCAUGCAAUGUAAAACUGGAGGAAUGUAAAUGGCCAAACUUUUUACUAUUGUAGUUGCCAGGGAUGUUAAUAUUGCUAUUAAGGUAAAUUGACCCGUUAGCUUUUGUGCCGCCUCUUAGCAAUCACUGGCUGCCUCCAACAAAUGAAUGAAUUAAAUAUGGAUGUGAGAGAGAAAAAAAUUAAAAAGAAAAAACUAAGAAUGUGUGCACAUGGACUAUGGAUGUGUGUAUUUAUUUAUCAAAAGUAGUAUGUGGUUUUGCAAUAACUACAUUUUGAUUAUGUGCAAUCCUCCCCCCUCAAAAUCCUUGCCACCUGGGGGUCUAUUUAUUUAGUUUGCUUUAGAUUUGAUGUUUAAUUUCAGGUUCUACUAAUGUACUUGUUGGUUAAGGUAGUAUUUUUUUUUUCUCCUCAUGUCAUAACAUUUUGUGUUUUCUGUCAUCAAAUUUGUGCCAGUACUUUUAUGUUUGUCAUUCGUCAUUCAUCAGCUCUCCUUGCAUCAGGACCAGAAUAAAAAUCAUUUUUAAAUCAUUGUCAUAUUUGUUCAUGUUAGCGUUGAAAUUGUAUUUACAUUUUUUUUUACAUCACAGCAACAGAGGCCACUUG